UAUGAAAAUGAAACAUUGGAAGCUCUUCAUAACAUUCGGAAUCAUCUUUUCCACCCCUACAAUACUGUGCCACUGGGAGACUCGUCAAGACAAUGGACUGGCAUAUUUUUUUGAAGACAAAAAAGUAACCUGGUCUGAGGCAGAAAAGCGGUGUAAAAAUUUCGGGGGAUCAGUAGCGAUUGCACGUUUUGAUGAAGAUCAGAACUUCCUCCUUAAGUACCUUAAUUCUGGAAAGUAUUACAUAGGGGGUAGGAAAUCUGACGGUGGAGAGUUUAUUUGGUUAGAUGGAACCCCAAUUAAUAGAUCAGAUCCACGCUGGGAGCCAGAUGAACCAAACAACCUCAAAGGAAACGAAGAUUGCCUUGAACUUCGCGGGUACAAUGGAAAAUGGAAUGAUAUUCCUUGUAACAGUCUAAAGGGUUUUGUUUGUCAGUAUAACGCAUGUUUUCCCUCGCCUUGUAUGAACAAUGGAACGUGUACACCAAUGGGAUUGGCGUAUACAUGUGAAUGUGAUCUGACCUUCAGCAAUAAACACAAUUGCAAUAUAGAUUGCAGUCCUGGUCCUGCUGAUAUUGUCUUUCUUAUGGACACGUCCUCUAGCUUAGAAAACAAAACAAACAAGUGCGUGGAGUAUAUGGGUAGAAUUUUAAAUCGAAUACCUCUAGGUAAUGAUGGAUUUCGAGUGGCAGUUAUUUCAUACAAUUUUGAACCAAUACAACUAAUUACCCUUGGUCAAUAUAAUACUGCAGAGGUGAUUACAAAUGUUGCUACAGGACUCAACUCCAAGUCACAAGGUGCUACAUACACAGAAAAUGCUCUGAAGAAAAGCUUUGAGACACUCACUGAUGAAAAUGCAAAACAGAAAUCACACAAAAUCAUCGUCAUCAUAUCAGACGGGCUCUCAACCGAUAGAGAUGCAGCCAUUAAAGCAGCAGAACGAUUCCGGAUGUGGCCAUAUCACGUGAUAACCACAAUAGGAAUUGGUGAAGCGAUUGACCAUUUCGAGCUAAUCCAAUUAGCGUCAAAGGAUCAGAAUAAUAUCUAUGGACCACUAGUAUUCUCUUCGUCUAAUGAUGACGCAAUUAAUAUGAUUCUGAGAGAGGCAAUGCAUAAAGAUUGUACAAAUUGCAGCAUCUCUAACAAUACUGACGUUAUAAUUAUACAAGACAAUAAUUUUUCCGGAGUUGAUUUCAAGAACUCGCUGAGUGUUGCAUCAGAAAUAGCCCAUAGAUAUUUUCUGACAAAAAAGGAUGUCCGAGUCGGUCGAAUAUCUUUCGAUAUAGAUGACUUUGCAUAUUACAGUCAUGACGACCAAUUUCUGGUAAGCUUGCAGAAACUUAAUCCUGGGAAGAGAUCUGAAUCUAAUAUAGAGAGUUUACUGUCGAAUGCAGCUGUUCAACUUCUUUCAUAUGGUGUGUCAUCUGGUGUUUCAUCUGAAGCCAAAAGACACAAAGUUAUUGUGAUCAUCACAGACGGUCACUGGUCAAAAGUGAGUAGAGUUGAGGAGAAAAUCGAAGAUCUAAGCCGACAAAACAUUACAACAAUGAUUGUCGCAGUAACAAAUGAUUCCAAUUUUACCACCUUAUAUAGGGUUACACAAGACCCUUUCUAUGUUUUUUACAUCAAUGAGAAGAAAAGAUGGAAUAUCAUAGAUAUCAUUGUAUCCCAAAGUUUUAGCGUUAAUUGUGAAUUAUAAGAUUUACUUACUUUUUUCUCGGAAAGUCCACUGAAUUUAUAGUUUUUAUAGUUACUGUUAUCUGAUAUAUUUUGAUUAAGGUAAACUUUUGUGACAGUUGCUGAGAAGUAUUUAAGUUAGAAGUUCGUUUAAAUUUUUAAAUGUGUAUAGUGCAACCUUAAAGU